AGACAUUUAGGAUGUUCAUUCUAGUUGAUUAUUGUCAUUGUUCUCUGUGAACUGACCUCAGGUCAGAGUCUGGCUGCUCUGAAUGGUUGCGUUGUGUUGGUUGUGUGUCUCUGUGAGCCGCAGGGCGACAGGUGGAGACUCAAACAGUCUGAGAAAGAAAGAAAAAAACAGGUUCAGGUCCUGAACCGGAGAACCUGAAGCUGGUUCGCUGACAGAGAGGAGUGGGAGGAGCUAACGAGACACAGGUGGGGGAGGCUGGGUAAUCACCGUGGAGGGAAACGCAGGAGGCAGAGAGACAGGUGGACCGAAGGGUUUGGACAGAGGACGCAGUGAGUGGAGGACACGAGCUGGAGAAUCCUGUGAACACGACGUCUGCAGGUGAACGGGACACAGACGCUCACCUGACGACAGACAACGACAUCCACAGACAACGACAACCACAGACAACCACAGACAGCUACACCCAGUGCUGUCUCUGAAUUUAAUCCUGUGUAUUUUAUAAGGACUUUGAAAAGGAACCUGGAGAGAACACACACACACAGGAAGAACAUCCAAACUACAUGAAGGAACACCUGGGAUGGAACCGCAGCAACUGUCCGAUGACCUGCUGUAAGGUGGGACAGCCAAAAAGAUGCGUAGGAGGUGCAGCGUUGAGUCGUAUUGAUGGACGUGUUAACAGACAGCAGUCUCACAUUGAUUGUGAAGACUUCAGAACCAGAAAAUGCAAAUAUAUUGGAGACCACAGGGGUAUGUGAGCAGAGUAGUGACCUGAGUCUGUGUGGGCUCCUUGACGCUGCUCUUCCUCCAUCUUCACCUCGUCCUGCUGCAGAAACUUCACAACAAGCCAGCUCGACACGACCGAGGCCCACGGCUACGUCCCCGUCCCUGCCUCUGCCAAUAGGUUCCGACCCUUCUCUGUGCCUGACAUCAGCUCCCUGCCAUUCUUCUAAUGACUCUGCCACUGUAGUCCACGAGCUUCAACACAUUCCCUCACCUACAUCCCUUCCUGCCCCGGCUGUAAAUUCCUGGAGCUCGACAGGAGACACGCAGAAGACUUCUCUCCCUCUAGCCAUCGCCCUCCCUCUCUCGGCUACGAUGAUGGAGCCAAGAACUGUGUCUCCGCUGACGGAGGAGUGUAUGCUCCAGCCGUCCCGCACCUGCCUGGGUUGCUUCAUUGAAACUCGUGAUGCCACAGACUCUAAUUCCAUUCAGAACCCGCCCCAUGACCCUAACGCCAGCACUGAUUCAGAGACUGGCCUGAACGUAAGGAUAGCAGAUGUGAGCCGAGAGGACUUCUCUGACAUUAACAGCAUCAACAUUCAGUGCCUGAGCCAUGCAGGGGAGACGGUGAGUACCUACGGAGAACCGCUCCUCUCUGACCAGCUGCUUAACUUCCCUCUGCCCAAAGCUCCAGAUGAGGGCAAAAGAGGGGAUGGAAACAAAACCUCGGAGGAUUGCGAUGAUCCAGAGGAUGAUGCAACAACGAAGAACUUGUAUGAGGGACUGCUGCUAGACAAGGUGGGCGGAGAGGAGGUUCUGUUGGCAAACGCUGGCCAGGACUGGGGCUACUUUGAGUCCUUUAUCAGUGAAAGCAAAAUGGAACUGCUUGACCUGUGUUCAAAAAAUGAACUGUCAGUCAACCUGUUCUCCGAGGAGGACGUUGACAAUCUUUUUGAUGAUGAAGACGACGACUCCACAUUAAGCAGCGACGUCUGUUCUCUGAAGAUUCGUUAUGAGUCUUUCCAGGACAACAUGAGGGAGAAAACAAAUGUGCUUCAAGAGGAGACACAGUUCAAUUUCUUCCCCAGUGUCCUGGCAAAUUGUGCCAAGAAGGAGGAAGGAGUAGGAGUCCUAAGAAGGAACACUGAGGAACUGCAGCCCAAAACUGAUGAGCUCAUCCUGGAGACGGGGCAUGAAGAAAAGGCUGGGGACUGCAGUGAAAGGAGCCCCGCUGACGGCUCCCAAUGCUCACCCAUGUCUACUCCUAAAGUCAAUUACCUAUUGGAUUUCAAUUCUACAGAGGAGUCAGGUGAAUUUAGUGAUGAUAGCUCCUGCACUGGUUCCUCCUCUGACACCCUGCAGGAAGGCAGAUUUAAAAAGGGACACUCAAAAAGAUUUCUCAGCCCUUCCAACCCACUCAACUAUGGUUUGCGCUCCAAGAGAAAGGUUCGAUACAAUGAUGAUUACUUGUACGAUGUUGACUCACUUGAAAGUGAGAAGAAUGCGGAGAAAAAAGAGAAAGCUCCUGCUGGUCAGAAAGAAGAGGAGGAUGUAGACUGGUGCCCCAAAAAGCGUCGGAAAUCCUGCCGCAAAGAGCCCCCUGUGGUCAUCAAGUACAUCAUCAUCAACCGGUUUAAAGGAGAGAGGCUGAUGUCAGUGAAACUUGGCAAGGUAGAUCCUGUGGAUGCUACUGUGAGUUUAGAUACAGAGACAGUAAGCAAAUAUGAGACAUUGGCUCCUCUGAAGAAUUUUUGGCAGCAGAAGCAAAAAGAGAGACAGGAAAAACUCAAGCUGACUGCCAGAGAUAAACAACGCAGUUUUCAUUUAAACGGACGCCACCAUCGCCCGUUCAACUCUAGUCAUCCAAAAAGAAAAUACAAGAUUGCAAACAGGCUUAAGGUUCAGAGGAUUCAAGCUGUGGAACAGUUAGCAACAGCACAGAGCUCAUUUCUUUCUGAUCAGGGCCUGGGUGGUGUCGCUAAAAACGAUGCCACCCCCAUGAUAGGGGGGGUAAUAGUAGCCCCAGCACUCUCAGUCUCAUUAGAUACAAACUCAAUGCUGCACAUGGUCACAGCCAAGAGCCGCUCCCAAGAGAGGGAGGAGAGGGAGGGGAGGAUAUUGGGAGGAAAUAAACCGAUCAGGAUAAGGAAAUUUAAAAGUGAAGCCAGGUUGAGAAGCAAGAAAAUGAAAGACAUAAAUGGAGAAGAGAAAAAUGGUCUGACAAAUGAAAGUGAUGCCUGUAUUGUAGCAGUGCAGGUUGAAGGUCCAACUGCAGGGUUAGAAGAGGCAGGCAGUAACUCCACAACAGUCAAGCAGCAUUUCUCUGAUAGCACCACAGCCGUGCGCACAUCUGAGGAGAAAUUCCCCUUUGUUUCGUCCAACUGCUCGCCUGGCAAAGCUCGUUCGUCAGAGGAAGUGGAGGCGGGUGUCCCUGUCAUCCCGGGGGGCUACCUGCAAACCCUCUUAGAUGCAACCGACUCCUCUGGUGGAGCAGCUAUCCCGUAUUUCCCCCAGCAGCCUUCUAGGCAGCAGUAUCCUCUAGGGCUAUCCCUGGAGGAGAAACAGUUUUCUUCUCUGCAGCUCGCCCAGAGCUGCGUCCUCUCCCCACCCUCUGAGUCUGAACUCCAGCAGUCUCCCCAGAACUGCCCCAGCUUCCCCCAGAUGUGGCACCCACAGCUCUGUGCAAGUCACAGCCAGAGCUUUGGGCCAGAGACCCCUGAGACUCCAAUCUUACCCAACAACUUCCCAGGCACCGUACCCCUGAACGACAACCUGCCAGUGUCUAACUACAGCCAGCUGAGCCCUGCGGGCGACAGGCUACUUUAUGAGAAGAGCUACCUGAAUGAGGCAGGGCUGCAGCCUGGGGCGGAUCUGCAAGUGUGCCAGGCUGCCUGUGUGGACGGCCAGGUGCAAUACCAGCGAGGGUCCCUCUGCACAGACAAUGGCAGGCUCAUCAGCUAUGACUCAGUGGGCUCUCUGUCAGCGUCCUCCAGCAAUUACAGCUCCCUUAGCCUUAAGUCCUGUGAGCGAGAGGGUGAGGAGGAAGGCCGAGACAGUUUCUUGGCUCAUUGCAGUCCAAAGGUGGUGAUUCAGCAGAGUGUGGAUGCCCUCACUCCACUCAGAGAGUCCUCAGACCUGCUGGACAUCUCCAACUUCACCCCUGACAAGUUUAGGCACUCGUCACUGUCGGAGCUGUCCCCACCCGAGACCCCUAACCUGUCCCCACAGGUGGUGGGACGGGAGAUUAAGAUGGCAGGGAAUGUAGGAGAAUUCCAGGAUGUGAAUGAUAUAACUUUAGACUGCAAUAGGGACGCCAAGUGGAACUGUGACGUUAUGCAGCAACAAGAGCACACAGGCAACACAUUCACAGGUGAAGACAGUCAGUUCCCACUGCACAACUUUAACAAUCGUUUAGACAAGAAGGAGCUGGGAGUUACAGAGUUUGACGAACAGACUGGUGAGGUGUUGGCGGCUGGAAAAGGCAUCAAAUCAAAGCGAAAAGUCAAUUGCAAACAAAAUGCUGCUGCACAGAGCCCAAAGAAAGUCCGGGCUCCCCGAGCUCCCAAGUCGGAAAAGGUCAAGACCCCGAAACAGAACUCUCGUUCCACGAAAAAGAUUAAGGCUAUGUUAGAGGGUAAGGCAGCAAAGAAUCAGGCCGGUGCUAACGGCACAGGCCUGGCUGACGGUGGCAGCACUGGGGACUGGUCUGCCACUGGCUGGUCAGAGAGCAACAACCUGGUGGGGGACGACCAGAGAGAAUUCGAGGAGCCCUCCAAUAUUCUGUCCAACAUUGUGUCUGGCAUGGCUGAAGUCCAAAGGUUCAUGAUGGCCUCCAUUGAGCCACUGUGGAAUCCCAUGUCGGAGGCCUGCAUGCCCUCAGAGGCUAAUAGCCUCAAUCUAAAGACUCUCAAAAUCUUGGCAGGCACCGAGGCUGACCUAAAGAAAAAAGGAGCCAUGCUAUCAGGGGCAGGGAGAGGCCGGAAGGCUGGAGGGAAAGGAGGGAAAAACCAGGCCAAAUUCAACCCAUCGCAUCCCCUAUUCCCGCAACUUGCACUGGGCUGCAACAUGUUUGAUAAACCCAACUUUAUAAACCCCGGGCCUGCGCACAAAAAGCUCUACCGUCACAAGACCAGUGCAAAGUUCCCUCGGAUUGAGACACUGAAGGGGAAGCGAGGUGAGAGAGACCAAAAUAAGGACAUAGCACUGAUGACCUCUUUUGAGAAACUGAGGUAAUAUUUUGUUAUCAGCUGCUGUUGCAACCCUUCUCACCCCCCCCACUAACUGCUCAGCCCCCCCACCCCCAAAGCAUACCUACACUGACGCUAUGCCAGAGCUGCAUGAAUACUACGCCCCUCCUCCCCCCGACUACUCCCUGUUCCUUUUAACCCCCUGAAGAGGAAAUUAAUAUCUGCAUGAAAAACUUCUUGUACUUUGCAAACUACCUAUUGAGUGAUUGUGUCAAGCUUGAUUGAGAUUUGAAAUGACCAUGGCUGCAUUUUUCUUGCUUUUAUUGUUUCUGCUUUGUUUGUUCUUCUUAUAGUCGUUUUUCUGUUGUUGUUUUUUUUUUUGUUGGUUUUGUUUGAAUUUUGUCUGAAAAGAAAAAAAAAGAGAACAAGCCUUGAAAACAGUUCUGUCGCCUUUUUGAGGAAUUUUGUUUUUGUAUUUUCCCAGCAGAACUAGCACCCUCUGAAUUAUGUAUUUACUCCCCCCUUUUCCCUAAAGAUGUAGCUAUAUACACAAAUGCAUUGAGUGACACCUGCGCACCCCCUCCUCAUCUGUUUUUGUAUGCAGAAUAUGGAUGUCCUGUUGUUGCUGUACUUCAUACACUGCCUGGCUCAUUUUGAGAGGGAAGCCUUCAGUUAAUGAGCUCUGUUGAAGCCCAAGACAUCUUGAAAACACAAGAUGGGACCAUUUUGUAUUGACCACAUAUCAGACAAUGUCCUUUUUCCCCCUUUCGGAGUUGGAAUGAUUUACUUUUGUCGAGCAUUUCUUCUUUCUUUUUCUUUUUUCUGGUGGAGGUGAGAAGAACUGGUUACCCUAAAUUUACAUUUUUACGCCUUGCAAAUUCAUAAAAGCUCCACCCUCAGAGUAUUUUUGUCAAUGUUGUUGUACAGGGACAUGCAAUAUUUGCUAAAAAAAAAAAGAAAAAAAGGAAAAAUGAAGAUGAUUAUAAUCUUAAAAUCAAUGUGCCAAAAGUAACAAUGCUGUGUAAAUGACCUCUUAUAUAUGUGUGAAUAUUGGCUGUUCCUCUUUUCUAUCCAUUGGAAUAUUGGCUGCUCGGACCGGAGACUCCACACAGAGACUCGCCACUACAGGAAUUGUUUAUUUGGGACUUUUCUCUCUCCUCCGAUUAAAGGCACCGACAGCUGGCAGUGGUACACCACCACUCACUAAACCAAAUCAGAAAGACUUUGAAGUCUCCUCGUUUCCCCCACUUUGUUUGCCAAAUUCAAUUUACCUCAACAUCACCUGGCACUGAGAAGCAACAAAAAAAGAGGAAGAAGGGAGAAGUGCUUGUAAGGCUACAGUAGAGGGAGAAGAAGGGAGGGAAAAAAAAGAGAGAGAGAGAGAUGUUCUAAAGAGCUUUCUCUGGACCAAGGAGAGUGUAGUGCAGAUGUUCGUGGGUAAGCGAUGAUUAUUUGUCAUUUAUCGGAGGCUGUGCCUCUCUGAAUAACUGUUUUGUACUGGAAACUCAAGGUGGUUCAUUACUCAUUUAGACUCUGAUGCACGCCUCAGUCGUGAAUGGAUAUUACAUUUCUGCAGUUAGAUUAAAUGUGAAUGUGAAAGCAGUUUUCGGUACAAAUGGAAGCAGUAAUCUUGUAAAUGAAGGAAAGCAUGUCUUUGCAUUAGCUCAGCGUACAUCUAUCCUACCUGGAAUUUUAACAGUAAUGUUUUGACAUCACAUCUCAUUCGUAUCCCAACACUGCCAUACUAAUACGUCCCUCCGCCGCUGCGUUCCAUCUGUGAUUAGUUUGUGUCAUUUUUCAUACAAUGUCAAUUUUUUUUACAGUGCUUUCCUGUCAAAUCAUUCCAUCUGCGUUUAACCAGACAGUAUUUAACUGGCCAGUGUUUGUUUUUGUUUUUUUUGCAGACAAUAUUGUCAAAAUUAAGGGCAUGAGGGUAUUGUUUUUAAUAUUAAAACAACAUCAUGACAAUAUAUAUUCAUUCUAUGUCCUGGCCAUUAAUAUUAAUAGUACUAUGGGCUCAUUCAUUGUCUCACUGCUCUUUAAUAAACCCAUUUGAAAUGGGCCUUACAAUCAUAUUCAAUCUCCAAGUGAAAAAAAGAAAGAAAAUAUAUUAGUAGUCUACAAUAAAACAUUAUCGUAUAAAUAAAAAUGAUAAUAAUGAUAGUAAUACUCAUUAUUAAUUAUUUAUAUAUGUUUUAUUAUGACCAUGUAGUGAGCACAUUGCAGGAGAAAUUCAGGGCCUCCCCCAGCAGUAACAAGUAAAUACUCAGAUGGUAGACCAAUAUUUUUUCUCUUGAAGGUAACAAAUAGUACUUGUCAGACACGACAGGAUACUGCAUGGAGAUACUGUAUGUAAAGGCAUAGCUUCAUUUUGAAACGGGCCACGUCCCAUUAAACAUAGUUAAUUCCGACAUGCGAGUAAUAGCAAUUGAUUGCCUGCAUAGGGUAUUGUUCAUAAUCAAUCUUUCUCUGUGUCUUCUUUCUCUCCACUCUCCCAUGAUUCUUUGUUUGUUUUUGAUUUUUUUUCUGUCUCCAGUGUAUCAGGGUUAGGACCUAGACAAGCUGCUGAUGGGAAGCUCCACAUGGGCCACAAGCCCAUUUAGUCUGCCUUCUCUCAUUUCUGCCUAUUGUCAAAUUGAAUGUACUUCUUUAAGUUGGUGUAUUUUUUUUUCUUCCUUUUCUUUAUCAAAAUGUGCCACUGUUGAGCUGCCUCAUGUUAAUGGUGCUAAGAAAGCCGACAAUUCGUUAUCUUUGAUUUCGUUCUUAUCUUUUCUUUGAAGGUGUUUUUUUUUCAUUUUUUCCUUCUUUUUGUUUGUUUUCCCAGAAUUAACAAAAAAGAAAUGCAAAAUAGAUUAGGUACCUAACCCUCUUUAUGAAUGUAUAUUAUGACGUUACGUUUGAUGUAUUCACUUCAUGAUUCUUUGACAAUGAUUGGAUUUACUUUUGCUCUUUUCAUUAAAAGAUUACCGAGCUUUAUAUAUACUGUCUAGAGUUGUUACCAGAAGGAAUCUUAAUGAACUCUUGACACUACAAAAUCUUGUAUAUUUUUUGUGUGCCAAUUUGUAACAUAUUUUGUAAGUGUAUAUUUUUCUUAGAAAGUGCUGUGAAGUAUUUGUGUGUGUGUGAGUAACCUUUUAUGCGCCUCCGUGGGCAGUGGAAAGGAUAUACAAUGACAAGUUUCUGGUUUUAAAAACCAAAAUAUGAAAGUAUCAACAGAAAACUAGAAAUAUUUACAUUUUGUUGGGAGUUUUGUAAUAAGACCAUGAUCUUGUUGUGGGAGUGUUGUGUUACUGUGCAAAACACAAAUAAGCAAAGAAAAACAAAUGAAAACUUGGAAAAAAAAUAUAAUUUGUGAACAUUUUGCUGUUUUAUAGAUUUUCAUGUAAAUUAUUUGAGUAUUAUUUUGGUUUUUGUUUUGUUGUAACUGUUGCAAAGGUUUUAAAUAUUUGUGAUCAAGCCUGUAUGGUGAUAAUGUAAUAUUGGUAACUUGCUGAGUUUUGUAAUAAUGUUUAUGGAGUAAAUAUACAAA